AUGUGGUUAUCUACCAAAUGCUCUCCAGUAUCUGAAACGUUCCGCUUUUACGAGUUUUAUAUUGUGACUUGGUUUUAUAUUAUGACGGAAGUCUACAGCUCAAAUUUACAGGUUCAGGUAGAUCGUCGUGUUCUUCCACUUUCGGACGUUAAAAAAAAUCGAGAAAUUCGUUCAAAUCGAGAAAUUCGUAACCCGUCGCAAUUAUCAUUUUAUAAGACAAGUUGUGGUCAUGAAGAAGCAUUUUUAUUGAUUUGGGACGGCUUGAAGAGCGACUUCGUUCUCAUACCUUUGGUACGUUCUUCAUCUGAUUUGCUUACGGUAUGCACGCAUGGAGGACCUUCCGUGAGCAGCGUGUGGCUGGAAUAUUGCCAUUUGCCAAAAGAUUCCGAAUCAUCAGAAGAUUCAGGACAGGAUUAUUGUUUCGAAUCAGUUUUCUCUCCUCUUUGA